CGAAAGCGAAACCUAUCUUUCUGCCUUUUUAGUUUCGUUUUCGUGACAUCGAAUCUUUCUAUACGCAGACCGAAGGGAAAGAACGCAUCCUGAAAUAAAAUGAGCAACAAAGACAUGGAAGCUAAGCUCAGGCAGCUGGAGUGUCUUUUUACAUGGGGAGUAGAAAAAUCUGACAUAAGGGAUUUGAACAGCUUACCAGACAGACUCCAUGAUAGGAUCAGAUUUUGUCCACAAAAGAAUCAUGCUACAUAUUUCAACCUUCUGGCUUUUAUCAGCCACCUGGAGGGUAAAACUGAGAGUGCACUGGAUUACCUUCAAAAGGCUGAAUUGGCAUUAAGGGAAGACCAACGAAAGAAAGCGGAGUUCCUUGUGACGUUCUCCAGUUUUGCAUGGGUACACUAUCACCUGCAGAGGUUAAAUGAUGUGGAAGAUUACUUGAACACCAUUAAAAGUAUAUGGAAGGACAUACCAGGUUCAUCAGAUUACUCCUGCAGCUUGCCCGUAGUACAUGGUGAGAAAGGCUGGAGCUUUCUGAGACUUGGAGGAACGUUCUAUAAACAAGCAAAAGAAAGUUUCUCUAAGGCUCUUGAGGCAGAGCCACACAACAUGUUUUUUAAUGUAGGCUAUGCAAUAGUGCUUUACAGGAUAGAUGGCAUGAACAAAGCAGAAGAGACUGGAACAGCUACUGAACAGCUAAGAAAGGCUCUCAGCCUGGAGCCCACGAACACUGAGAUCAUGGUACUUUUGGCUCUGAAACUCCAGAGGUCAAGGAGACAGGAAGCCCAGAACCUAAUAAAAGAGGCCCUCAGGUUGUCUCCUGACAUCCCACAAGUCACCAGAUAUGUGGCUAAAUAUUUCAGGGCAGAGGGCUCCAUUAAAGAAUCACUGUCUGUCCUCACUAGGGUAGUGGAACAGGCCCCAAAUUCCUCCUUCCUGCACCAUCAAAUCGGCCUUUGCCAUAAACAGCUGCUUAAUCAGAUGUUUGAGGAGAGGAGGCCCGGUAGACGCGUUCCUGCUGCUCAGAAAUCUGCUAAGGUGGCUGAAUGUAUCCAGCACUUCUCAAAGGCUGUAGAGCUGAAGCCUAGCAAUAUUUAUGCUAAAGUAAAUUUAGCAGAGGCCUAUGGGGAGGACCGGCAACUUGAACAGGCCGAGAAGAUUUUCUGCAGCCUGAUAGAUGACAAGGCUCUCAGCGAGUCUGAUAAGCAGCACUGCUACAAAUCCUAUGGUUUAUUUCUGCUCUACAAGAAAAAGGAUGAGGACCAAGCCGUCAGUCGGUUCAAGUCAGCAUACAUGAUUCCUAUCGACAGCUACGAAAGGAAACAAGCUGGCAAGAAGCUCAGACUAAUCGCAGAGAGGAAUCUUAACACCAGGCGGAAAGUCAAAGAAGCAUACGAGAUUUUGGCUUUUAUAUCUUCUGAAGACAAGCAGGAGAUGCAAGCAAAGGAGUAUCUGCGGAGAGCCCAUCAGCACUGCUCACACACUGAUGAGCUGUCAAAAAACUUUGCUAAGGGACUGAAAUUGUAACUUUCUUACUUGUACAUACUUUUAUCAAAAAACUUACGAUAAUGCUUUUAAUGUGCACUUAAUCAUCUAUAUAAAUUGUGCAGUGGCUGAAUAAUGUUUAUACAAAUAAUAGUGUACUAGUGUAAAAAAUAUUGUUUUAAGUCUAUUGUUUAAUAAUUAUUAUAUUGCUGGUUUAAAAUGGACUGAAACACACACACACACACACACACACACACACACACACACACACACACACA